UUAAGCUCUUUAUUGGAGUAUAAUUGCUUUACACUGUUGUGCCAGUUUCUGUCCAGCAUUUUUUUUCUUUUGAGUUAUUUGCAUUUUCAGCCUCCAGUGUAAUUUUUCUGGUGAACUAAUAGCACACAGUUAAAUCCUGAGCUUACCAGUGUGAAUGAUUUCUGAUUCAGACUUUUUUUUUAAUGUAACAUAUAUCUGUAAUUAACCUCACCUUCUAGAAAUUACUCAGAUAUGGUAUCAUUUUGUAACACUUAGGAAAACUGGCUUCAUUUUCCAGAAUUAGAAACUCAAGCCACAGGUAACAAUCCCAGGCUGUCUAAUCUUCCUGGCUGGUCCCUAAAGGAUGGAAAUGCUUUCUUGGACAAGGAGCUAAAGGAGUGCUCAGGUCAUGUAUUUGUGGAUUCUGUGCCCGAAUUCUGCCUACCAGAGACCGAGCUAAUAGAUCUGUCUACGGUAGAUGUGAUCCUCAUCUCUAACUAUCACUGCAUGAUGGCUCUGCCCUACAUCACCGAGCACACCGGGUUCACAGGCACAGUCUAUGCCACAGAGCCCACCGUUCAGAUCGGCAGGCUCCUCAUGGAAGAGUUGGUGAACUUCAUUGAACGAGUGCCCAAGGCUCAGUUGGCCUCCUUGUGGAAGAACAAGGAUAUUCAGCGGCUGCUGCCUUCUCCUCUCAAGGAUGCAGUAGAAGUAUCAACCUGGAGAAGUUGCUAUUCAAUGCAAGAGGUGAACUCUGCCCUUAGUAAAAUCCAGCUGGUGGGAUAUUCUCAGAAAAUUGAGCUUUUUGGUGCAGUCCAGGUGACUCCUCUAAGCUCUGGCUAUGCCCUUGGAAGCUCCAACUGGAUUAUCCAGUCCCAUUAUGAGAAAGUGUCUUACGUCUCUGGAUCCUCCUUGCUUACCACACACCCCCAGCCCAUGGACCAAGCUUCUCUCAAAAACAGCGAUGUUCUCAUUCUGACAGGCCUUACCCAAAUUCCCACCGCAAACCCAGAUGGCAUGGUGGGAGAGUUCUGCAGCAACCUGGCACUGACGGUCCGGAACGGAGGAAACGUCUUGGUCCCUUGCUACCCCUCUGGAGUGAUCUAUGACCUCCUGGAGUGCCUGUAUCAGUACAUUGACUCUGCCGGCCUCUCCAGCAUCCCUUUCUACUUCAUCUCCCCAGUGGCUAACAGUUCACUUGAGUUUUCCCAGAUUUUUGCUGAGUGGCUUUGUCACAACAAACAGACUAAGGUAUAUCUCCCAGAACCGCCUUUUCCUCAUGCAGAGCUCAUUCAGACCAACAAGCUGAAGCACUACCCCAGCAUCCAUGGAGACUUCAGCAACGAUUUCAGACAGCCAUGUGUGGUCUUCACUGGACACCCUUCCCUCCGGUUUGGGGAUGUGGUCCAUUUCAUGGAGCUCUGGGGGAAAUCUAGUCUCAACACUGUCAUAUUCACAGAACCCGACUUCUCGUACCUGGAAGCACUGGCUCCCUACCAGCCCUUGGCCAUGAAGUGCAUAUACUGCCCCAUUGAUACACGACUGAAUUUCAUCCAGGUGUCAAAGCUGCUCAAAGAAGUGCAGCCCCUCCACGUGGUCUGUCCAGAGCAGUACACCCAGCCGCCCCCGGCACAGUCCCACCGGAUGGACCUGAUGAUUGACUGCCAGCCACCUGCCAUGUCCUAUCGGCGCGCCGAGGUCCUCGCCCUGCCCUUCAAGCGUCGGUAUGAGAAGAUCGAAAUCAUGCCAGAGCUCGCAGACUCGCUGGUGCCCAUGGAGAUCAAGCCUGGCAUUUCCUUGGCAACCGUCUCAGCCGUGCUGCACACUAAAGAUAACAAGCACAUUCUCCAGCCUCCACCCAGGCCCACCCAGCCCACUGGUGGUAAGAAGAGAAAGCGGGCGAGUGACGACAUUCCAGACUGCAAGGUUCUGAAGCCUCUGCUGAGUGGCUCCAUCCCCGUGGACCAGUUUGUGCAGACGCUGGAGAAGCAUGGCUUCAGCGAUAUUAAGGUGGAAGACACAGCCAAGGGCCAUAUCGUCCUGCUCCAGGAAGCUGAGACACUCAUCCAGAUUGAGGAGGACUCAACCCACAUCAUCUGUGACAAUGACGAGAUGCUCAGGGUACGGCUGCGGGACCUUGUCCUCAAAUUCUUACAGAAGUUCUGAGUGGAAAAUCAAAGCCAUCUCCACUUCCCUGAAACCCUGCAGUCCUUCACUAUGGCUGCCCAGCGCCCAGCAGAGGAAGCACACACAGCCUGGCAGGUCUCUGGUUUGAGGAAUAAAGAAGUGGCUCAAGGGACAUUCUCAGGAGUUACAGCCAGAAUCUCCCAGUCUGGCUUCUUGGCACUGUUUCAGGCGAGAACUUUUCCUUUAGACUUAGGGUUCGUCUUCUUCCCAGUCCUGGCUUUCUCGGGUAGCCCGGCAGGUAAGGCAAUGAGCUGAGGAGAAGCGUGAGAGCGACGCAACAGCAGCUUUCCAGGAGGUUAAUGGUGGAAGGGGAGGUAAAAAGAUGAUCCUCAAAACAUUAGCAAAAUGAACCCAUCUAUCUGUAUUUUAUAAUGUGAGCUCAUUUUGUUAAUAAAACUUAUUUUUUAUAGAAGUAGCUGUGUUCUGUUGAACCUACACUUGAUACAUUCAUUUAGUAGCUGAAAGUAUAUGUAAAUAUACAGAACUAAACUUAGAAAACAGAGCAAAUUUUAGUUUGGUGUGUGCACUAAUAUAUUUCUUAAAU